GGCUGCGCGCCCGCCGAUCCCGUGGGGGCUGUUGGAGGCGGCGCGCGGCCGCGGACAUGCCCGAGCGGCGCAACGGCAGCAGCGGUAGUGCGCGGCGGGCGGGGAGCCAUCGCGGGCGGGGAGCGGCGGGCGCCGCCUCGCCGAGCCUCUCCCCCCCCCAUGGAGGGGUAUUCGCUGGGGGUGAGCGUGUACUCCGACCAGGGCGGCAGGAAAUACAUGGAGGACGUGACCCAGAUCGUGGUGGAGCCCGAAUCGCCGGCCGAAGCGGAGCGCAGUCCCCCGCACAAAGGGGGAGCGGCGCCCGGAGGCCCGCGCGCCGCCGAGCCCCUCGCCGAGAGCUGCCGUCGUAGGGGACGGAGCCCGCGGGCGCCGGAGGAGGCAGCGCUGCCGCCCGGCCCCGGCUUCGGCGGGUGCCCACGCCGAUCCGUGGCCUUCUUCGCCGUGUGCGACGGGCACGGUGGCCGGGAGGCGGCCCAGUUCGCUCGGGAGAACCUGUGGGGCUUCAUCAAGAAGCAGAAGGGCUUCUGCUCGGCGGAGCCGGCCGAGGUGUGCGCGGCCCUGCGCAAGGGCUUCAUCGCUUGCCACCGGGCCAUGUGGAAAAAGCUGCCAGAGUGGCCAAAGACCAUGACAGGGCUCCCUAGCACGUCGGGAACCACUGCCAGCGUGGUAAUUAUCCGCGGGUCAAAGAUGUAUGUUGCUCAUGUUGGUGACUCGGGAGUGGUGCUGGGAGUCCAGGAUGACCCCAAAGAUGACUUCGUGAGAGCUGUGGAGGUGACGCAGGACCACAAGCCAGAACUUCCCAAAGAAAGGGAGAGAAUUGAAGGCCUUGGGGGCAGUGUGAUCAACAAGUCUGGUGUGAAUCGUGUUGUUUGGAAGAGGCCUCGCCUGACUCACAAUGGCCCUGUGCGCCGCAGCACUGUCAUCGACCAGAUUCCCUUCCUGGCAGUUGCCAGAGCACUCGGUGAUCUUUGGAGCUACGACUUCUACAGUGGUGAGUUUGUUGUGUCUCCUGAGCCUGACACUAGUGUGCACACCAUUGAUCCCCAGAAGCACAAAUACAUCAUCCUUGGCAGCGACGGGCUGUGGAACAUGAUCCCACCUCAAGACGCUAUCUCCAUGUGCCAGGAUCACGAGGAGAAAAAAUACUUGGGAGAGCACCGACAGUCCUGUGCCAAAAUGCUGGUGAACAGAGCGCUGGGCCGGUGGAGGCAGCGCAUGCUGCGAGCAGAUAACACCAGCGCCAUCGUCAUCUGCAUUUCGCCCCUGCAGGGGAGCAAAAGCAACUUGGAAAAUGAAGAAGAAUUGUAUUUUAACUUGGCAGAGAGUCCCUGCUACAGCAGCCCUGAUGUGAACAGCAUGACGCCCUCCCGCUGCUACACCCCACCCGUCAAGCUUUUAGAAGAUGAUCCGUGGCCACGGCUGAAUGCUUCUGAGCCCAUCCCUCCCCUCAUGCAUAGCAACAUGAUUUCAGAAAAGUAUUUAGAGCUGCCAAACGAGAUUGCGAAAAGCAGUUUACCUCCAUCAGGAACAACGCUGAAGGAUUCAGGCCCACAGGAGGAGAAGUGCAGCAAAGCAUUGGCUUUGAGGAUACACGAAUCCUACAGCAAUGGUUUGUCAGUCAGCCUCUCCCCUUCCAACUCUGCCAAUUCAGGCACGGACCAAAAAGGCUUCAAGGUGUCCCCUAAUGGCCAGACAAAAGCCCAGGAUGCCGAGCGGACACCCACGGCAAACUUUAAAAGGACAUUGGAAGAAUCCAACUCGGGCCCAGCGGUGAAGAAGCCGAGGCGCGUCCUGAGCCGGAGCCUGAGCGUGCCGCCGGAGGGCAUGUCCACCACGGCGCAGCGCAGGAACUCCAAGCUGGCCAUGCGCCGCAGCCUGCGUGGCCAGAAGAAGCUCAGCACCUCACUCUUCCACCCGCCCCGGAAAGCAGUGUGCGUGUGCUGAGGGGCUGCUCCGGGGGAAGUGGAUUCUGGUCUGGUUAGAAUGGGCAAGUUGGUGAAGAAGUUUGAAACUCUUCCUGUUUUAUCGUUUUUUAAAGUAGGAAACAUUUUUUGGUAUUCAACAGCUUUAUCCCAGCCUUGUACUUGCUUGUAUUAUAACUGUGAAUUUUGUAGAUGUGUAGGGUAUAAGUUGCUGUAAAAUGUGUGUAAAUUUGUAUUCCUUCAUAUAAAUGUAGUCAGUUUUCUUCCUUGUAUAAUUGUUACAGGGGGGCUAAACCUUGUUUUAAAAGAAUAAUCCUUUUUGUUAAUUUACUAAAGUAAUGAAUUUGUAUACGCUUCUGGUGAGGAGAAUUUCACAACUUUUUAACUAAAGUAAAUUAUUAAACAGAAUGGCAGAUAAUGUAUUUUCGUAGUACUUAUACGUUCCACCUAAAGUGUGUUUUUUAGAGAAUACACUAGGUCUAUAUUUUGGUUUUAAACUUUAGAUUUCUCUACUCAGAAAUGAAAUGUAUGUGGAAGCAGAGGUGUUGAGCCGGGCUUUACCCAGCUCAAUGUCCAGUCCUUUAUGUUAAUUAAAAUACUAUGCAGUAUCUUAUUUAGUUGUAUUUUUUGUAACAUUAAUCGUCGAAAGUAUUUAGCAAAAAAAAAGUGUGUUUUUAAAACGCCAACUCCCGAGAGCAUCCUAUAAAGCCAUUCCCAUCCACUGUUACAAAUGACGGCAUUUUUAGCCAGGCAUAAACGUGUGCCCUAUGGAGGCUUGGGUUUUCUGCUAGUCCAAUACUGAUGGUGCUGCUAAUACCUUUCCACGUAAGUUCUUAAAUUAUUUUAUGAGUAUUUUCAUUGAUCUGUGGACCAUGUGUAUGUUCACCUAAAUAAAACAUGUGAAAGUUUGA